GACAAUGACACUAUUGACUUUGAGUAUCUCCCUGGACUUGUACAAAUACCUAUUUUGAGGAUCGUUUUCCAGUGGUUUUGAAUCUUGUAAAGUAAAGCAAAAGUAUUAAAAGAAAAACAAUCUCCGAUUUUGGCAAAUGCAUAUCUGUUGAGCACAAAAUGAGGACCCGAAGUAACUCGGGCGUCCGUUUGGAUUACUACCAAAGGAUCAUACACAAGUUAAUUUUAGAUCAUCAGCAACCAGUUACUGGCUUGUUCCCUGCUAGUCCUCAAAACGACCAUGCCUGGAUUAGAGAUAACCUGUACUGUAUAUUAGCAGUAUGGGGACUGUCGAUGGCGUUCAAGAAAAUUGCCGACCAAGAUGAGGAUCGUGCUAAAACAUAUGAGUUAGAGCAGAGCUGUGUGAAGCUUAUGAGAGGUUUACUCAUGGCUAUGAUGCAGCAAAAAGAUAAAGUAGAGAAAUUCAAAACAACACAACAUUCAUUAGACUCUCUUCAUGCUAAGUACUCAUCAACAACUGGACAGAUUGUUGUUAAAGACAAUGAAUGGGGCCAUUUGCAGAUUGAUGCCAUUUCUUUGUAUUUACUCAUACUUGCACAGAUGACUGCUUCAGGACUACAGAUUGUAUUUUCAUUAGAUGAAGUGGCUUUCAUUCAAAACUUAGUUUUCUACAUUGAGUCUGCAUAUUGCACACCAGACUAUGGCAUCUGGGAGAGGGGUGACAAAACAAAUCAUGGUUUGCCAGAGCUAAAUGCUAGUUCUAUUGGGAUGGCCAAAGCUGCUCUUGAGGCCAUGAACGAACUUGAUUUAUUUGGAGCUCGUGGGGGUCCUUCCAGCGUGAUUCACGUGUUAGCGGAUGAAGCUCAAAAAUGUCAGGCAGUACUUCAGUCAAUGCUACCUCGAGAAUCAAAUAGUAAAGAAUUAGAUUCAGGCUUACUGUCUAUUAUUAGCUAUCCUGCAUUUGCUGUUGAUGAUCCACAAUUGAUAGCGAAAACCAGAGAUGCUAUUAUAACAAAGCUGCAGGGAAAGUAUGGAUGUAAAAGAUUUUUACGAGAUGGUCACAAAACCCCAAGAGAAGAUCCCAACAGGCUAUACUAUGAACCAUGGGAGUUGAGGAUGUUUGAAAACAUUGAAUGUGAAUGGCCUCUUUUCUUUUGCUAUCUCAUUCUCGAUUACUGUUUCCAAGGAGACAAAAUAAAUGGAGGGGAAUAUAUGCAAAAAUUAGAAAAAAUUAUGAUAAGGAAAGAUGAUGGGAUAAGGCUUGUACCUGAGUUGUAUUCAGUUCCUGCAGAUAAAGCUGACUUAGAGCAGAGUGAACCUGGGACUCAAGAGAGGAUACCUCUUGGCAGAUGUCCGUUUAUUUGGGCUCAAUCUCUAUACAUACUCGGAAAACUAUUACAAGAAGGAUUUUUGGCUGUUGGUGAAUUAGAUCCCUUAAAUAGAAGAUUAUGUUCAGAAAAGAAACCAGAUGUGGUUGUACAGAUAGUUAUACUUGCUGAAGACAAUGACAUAAGGGAUAAACUGCUUGAGUAUGACUUGCACGUUCAAACUAUCAGUGAAGUGGCACCUAUCGAAGUUCAACCAGCUAGAGUAUUGAGCCAUCUAUAUACAUAUUUGGGUAGAAACAAAAAGCUUGGUCUGUCUGGAAGAAAAUCACGUGAUGUUGGCAUUCUUAGUACAAGCAAAUUGUAUUCUUUGAAUGACAGAAUAUUUGCCUUUACACCCCAGUUUUCUGACAUGAAACGUUUCUACAUAGCUUCCGACUAUGAACUGAUGGUCGAUACUCUUAAAGCCGAAAUAAAUUUCUUGAAGUCCUCCUGGCAAAAUCUUCUCGGGAGACCUCUUGUUGUAUUGACCUUGAAUAAAAUGCAUUUAGAUCAAGGCAGAAUCCCGAUGGCGAUGAUAACGACAAUGAAAAAACUGAAGUCAGGUUAUAUAAACGGCACCAGAGUAACUCUUGGUAAUCUAGGAGAGUUUCUGAGCACGUCCGCCAUUACGAACUUGAGUUUUCUGGGAAGUCAAGAAGAGGGGUACCCGGAUAAACUAAAUCCUCAAGUUCAAUGCUAUUUAGAAGAACACUUAUUAAAGUCAUUCAGUAAUAAGAUGAGCGUUUUACAACGCGUCCCCGGCGCUAAGCACGGCCGAGCUCUACGGCGACGCAUGUCAGUCAGGGGAGCUAUAAAAAAAACGCGUUCUAUUAAUGUUGAUUCUGACACACUGGGUAUGGAAGGUGAAUACGUGGGCCCGCUGUUGGAACGCAAGCCGUCCUUGCUUGAAGUUGACCCCACCCACGCCGGCCGCAGUCCCUCACCCGAAGAAGCCAAAAAGAAAGUUUUCACUAAGGGUACGUCGACUACAAACUUGGGAGUGGCGCCGCCGACAAUCGAAAUCACCAAAGACCAAACGACAUCUCCACCUAAAGAAGUCGUGAACAAGUCUCCUCCGGUCUUACGCAACCGGACCGUAUCGGAGUCUCAGAGCGUGGUGUACGCCGAACAAGAAACGGACGAGUUGUUGGCGAUGCUCCGUGAAACCGAGAGUCUGGACGAGCAAGGGGACAUACUGCAGUAUCUGGUCGAUACGCACGGCUUAGACUUUAAUACCGAUAUGCUAGAAAACGGUAAGGUGGUGACAGUGAAGGACCUACUGAAGGUACUGUACGAGAAGGCGUGCACUCAAAAGCUGUGGGGCCUAGUCCGGCACACGGCCGGGAUGCUGGGCAAGAGAGUCGAGGAUCUCGCUAAAGCCGUGACUGAUCUGCUGGUGAGACAGAAGCAGAUCACCGUGGGCAUGCCGCCGAACAACGAGCACACUAUAACAGCGCCGCUACCCGAAAAUGAACUCAGACAACUCAUACAUUUGGCUUAUGGCGACGAUGAGAGCACAGCGAUGUUGACGCAAGAACUACUCGUGUACUUAGCGAUGUUUAUAAGAACCGAACCGCAACUGUUCUUGGAGAUGUUACGUCUUAGGGUCGGCCUUAUUAUACAGGUCAUGGCCACUGAGCUAUCGAGGACGCUGUCUUGCGACGGAGAAGAAGCAUCCGAACAUCUCCUGAACUUAUCACCGUUUGAGAUGAAAAACCUUCUGUAUCACAUACUGAGCGGAAAGGAGUUUGCCAUAAACAGUGUCGGCCGCGGAAACUUCUCGAUUGUGAGCAACAAGUCCAAUCGCUACGGAAAAAAAUCUCAGAUUGUUCUUGAAGGGCAAUCACUUCAAGGCAGUAUCGAUGAGACGCCAAUGGUUGAGCCGGAUCGUCAAGGCCAGUGGCUACGUCGACGCCGACUGGACGGCGCCCUAAAUCGCGUACCGCGCGACUUUUACCCGAGGGUUUGGGGUGUCUUGGAAAAGUGUCAAGGCCUCAUAAUCCAGGGGAAGAUUCUGCAACCGCAUUUAACGCAAGAAAUGACUCCCGGUGAACUGAAGUUUGCGCUGGCCGUCGAGACCGUGUUGAAUUCCAUACCGCAACCGGAGUACCGACAGUUGGUCGUGGAGGCCCUGAUGGUGCUCACUUUAGUCGUGGAGUACAAGGCGGUGGCGCAUCUUGGCGAAGCGAUCGAAGUCGAACUAUUAGUGCACAAAGCUAAUCAAAUAUUCUUGGAAGAUCAGGGUCUGUGCAACGGCGACGCGACGCUGUGCUGUGCGAAGGGCGCGGAGAGGGGGGCGGCGCUGGUAUGCGGCGGCGCGGCGGCCGUGUGCCAGCACCUGUACGACAGCGCGCCCAGCGGCUCCUACGGCACCAUGACGUACCUCGCGCGCGCCACCGCCGCGCUGCUAGCCGCCCGCCGGCCGCCCGGCGCGCCCGACGCCGCGCUCGACUGCACCAUCACGUGACCGCGCCGCACACGUCCAACUGCCGCUUAGAUAAUAUUAUACCGUUGUGGCGACUUACUUAUCCGCCGCACUUGGGCAACCGCCUUACAAUUCGACAAAAUCGUUGUCGCUUGUGAUUUUAGGCCAUCAUCCAUUAUUGUUGCCUAUACUAAUAUUAUAAAUAGGAAAGAUUUGUUUGUUUGUUUGUAUUGAAUAGGCUCCGAAACUACUGAACCGAUUUGAAAAAUUCAUUCAUUAUUUGGAAGGUACAUUAUUUCCGAGUAACACAGGCUAUAUAAUUUUUUAACAAAAAUGAGGAUCCUUACUAAAGCACCAACAAUGUAACCUAAGGUGUAAAAAAAUUACCUAAAAUAUUGUUUACAUCGCGUGCCCUGCGAAUACUAUUGAUGAUAGAAUAAAAUAAUGUACUACGACUUUAUAGAACACAAUUAUUAUUUACAAAAAGUGUCUAACUAUUAUAGUUAUGCCGCAAUAAGUAUUCUUUUAUUUAAAAAAAUAAACGUCAAAUAUCGUUGAAAUUUUUGUUAAAGACCCGAGCGGAGCCGGAGCGGGCUGCUUGUUAUACAUAUGAAAUUUCCUCUUCAAUCACUAUCUAUUAAAAAAAACGCAUCAAAAUCCGUUGGGUAGUUUUAAAGAUUUAAGCAUACAUAGGGAUAUAGGGACAGAGAAAGCGACUUUGUUUUAUACUAUGUAGUGAUACCGUUGUGGCGACUCACUUAUCCGCCAUUACUUGGGCAACUGUCUUAAAAUUCGACAAAAUCGCUGUCGCUUGUGAUUUUAGGCCAUCAUCCGUUAUUAUUGUUGUCAAAGCACGUUCAGAGAUAGUUCGGCAUCUUGGAAAAUGCGGGCAGUACAUAUUUAUACUCACUGUGUUACCCAUCCUUCGUGUCAGUGCCUACCCAAGACAAUUAGUGAAGCACCACUACGCGCCUACACCAUGUCUUAUUUCUUAUUGCUUUAGAUGGGCAGACUGACCAACAUAAGUGGCCCCAGAUCAUACGUCGAAAAGAUCUCAGGUGAUCCUCAGCAAUGAGUGAUCGAUUUGAAGAAGAGAUGGGUAGGCGAAUUAACAGCCUACUCGAUGUUACGUGCUCCUAAGGCCGAUAGACAAAACGACAGCAAUAUUUAGUGGGAGGGUAACUUCUAUUACACUACUUUUGACAUAAUGUCACACAUGAUCACCGUAUCCUUUCAAGCCUUAAAAUUGAAACACACAACAAAUAGUGUACUCCGUUAGCAAUUUAAGCUAAUUCGUUUGUAAUAAAUUAUAAUAAAAAAGUAAGAACAAAUACAUUUACAACGAAAUCAUUCAUCAUCAAUCAGGAUUCGCAAGGAUAAAUAAUAAGGAUUUCGUUUUUUUACUCCCUGAAUAAUAAAUCAAAAUAAUUAUUUAACAUGCUUUUCUCACUGAAGCCCCACAAGAUUACCCAAAAAGGGUAGACUUUGCACACGCUUCUCAGCGUUUCUUGUUUUGUGGUUUCGCGUUGCUCCAUGCUCUCGAGUGCAGUUUGAACUCUAGUUGAAAUUCACCUUUAGCCAGAGUAAGUUUCAAAUUUUUUCACAGAUUUUUAAGGUUUUUAUUACCGAGCCUAAUUUCAAAAUUAAUCCCAUAUUUAUUGACCCUACGUAGUAAUCCAGUGUGAUAUGUACCUAAAGAUUUUUUUACUUCACUUUAUUCAUGAUAUACCCUAAGACAUACCAACACGCUAUGAUUAAUAAUUCAAUAUUAUUAGUUUAGAAAAUACAAUAUAUAGUAUCAAUAAAAAUACCUGUUCAGAGAAAAUACUAACUCAGAUAAAUUAUUUUUGGUGAAUUUAUUUGCACACUUAUGUUUUAUUAUUAUUUAUUAUUUACUUAUUGUUUAUAUUUUAUUAUAAAUUUGCUUAUUGAUGUUCUUUUUGAUUAUAAAUGACAUGAAAAUAUAUGCCUAUUGUAUUACAGUUACAAUCUCAUAUGAAUGGUAGCAAUUGUUUAUAUUAUUUGGAUGGCCAGUAGGCUCGAUGUUUUUUUUUUCAUUAAGGUUAGAAAAAAGCUAAUAAAAAUUGACUAAA